AUGGAGAUACAUUCACAGUACACACCUGGAAAGAUAAGUAUCUCUGAACGGUCCAUUCUUUCAGGAACAAAGACUGUUGAGAGUGCAGAUUACCCACACUACUAUAAUCUCUUAAGAAAAAUGAACAUGCCUUUUGUGAGAGGAAUUGAGGACAGACAUGACUUUGCUAGAAUGGAAAAGAAAGGCAACCCUACUUUUCUUAAAUUUCACCCUUAUCCCCCUUCAUCCUUACCAGACUAUCACUUACACUGCCCUUAUCCCCCGCCAUUUGGGCCAGAUUAUCCAUUAUUUCCACUCCGUGAUGAUGUAACCUUAGGUGAUCCCUGUUCAGGGUUCAUGAGUCCUGGUGGCGAUGCUGAGUUAAAGCCUGGCAUUGGCAGAAUCAUCCCAAGUCUGGUGAGUUUUAGUGACGUGAAACCUCAGCAUCGAGUUCCCAGGCCAAGUGCGGGAUUUCAAACGACGCUAAAAAGGCAAAAAAUUUUAUUAGAAGAACUAAAACAAGACAGAAAAUGGAAUUCGAGGGCAACAUCAGAUACUUCCAUCAGAGCAAGACUUGGAGGCUGGACCAGCGCGGUGAGAGUCACUCCUUCGCAGCCUCGGCAUGAACGGAGCUCAGUCACGCACAAGUACAUGUUCGACAAGGAAGUAGCCUAUAAAGACGGAGAGCCACCUUCACAGCCAAGCGAGAAGUGUGAUGCAAAGGACAUGUUUUAUAAGUCCUCAACACAAAAAGCUUAUGAAAGCAUUCCUUGGGACGACAUGCUGGCACCAAAACUCGAUCCAGAAGAGACAACAGUGGAAAGAGCUGCGGACGUCGUCUCACAGUGCUUCACACAGAAAAGAUACGAACGGACCCCAGCAUUAACUCAGAUGGUCGGUGGACUCUGGGACAGAUUUCAAACAAGAUCUUUCUCGGUGCCAGUGAGACCAAUUAAUUUUGUGAGUCCCAGUUCUAGAAGCAAGUACAUUCCGCACUACACCGGCUACGUGCAGUCCACCAACCCCGACGACAUUGACAACCCCUAUGGGGACAUCACAUCUCUGGCCCGACCUCGGAACUCCAAAGUCCUUUACUCAAAGACAAGCCGCUCUGCCAACAUCCCCGGGUACAUGGGGAAGGGCCAUUUCACAGCCACCCACCCGGCAAAUUCCCACGUGCCCGCCGCCAUCCCCUCGAUGGACUCCGAGGUGCGCCGUGUCUUGAGGAAAGACAUGGCCGUCACCAUGUUCCGUCACCAGGCACCGCUGUCUAAGAUGGUCACAACGGUGAAGCCCUGCAACCCCUUCAAUAACAGGAGGCAAACUAUAGGCUACUGA